AUGGAGCCCUGGUCAAAGGUCAUUCAGUGGCACAACGAGCGGUUGAAGUGGAGGCGGCAGAUCAAUGUGGAGGAAGCCAAGCUUACGAAGAGUUGGCAUCCUUUGGAUCGCCCUUUUGAGCCGAGCGCAAGCACGGGCCGGAGAUAUCUGUCACUUUGGAAGCCGUUGCCAAAUGCCUCGGUGGUCGAAGCUGAAGAGAUUCGCGAGAAGUUGAAGCUCUUGGAUCUCCAGUUGCAGAAGGCCACCGAGCUGGCCGAGGAGCAGGCGUUGUUCCACCUGGCGGCCGGAGAGGCGCUGAUCGUGGACAACUGGCGCCUGCUGCACUCGCGGCAGCCCUACCAGGGCCGCCGGAAGAUGUGGCGCUUAUGGUCCUGGACCUCCGCCGGCAGCGGCGCACCAGCCGACGGAGCACGGACCUCGCAGCCUCUGGAGAGCCAAGUCUUCGCAGAGCUUUGA